AGGGAAGCUUAGGACAAGUGAUGGAGGACUUGGAGUUGAGUUUCUCUCUGGAAGAAUUUUGGAUGAAGUUAGAGUAUCUGAACAGCUCGCCAAAAUAUCUGUCAGCUGACUGUUGGAGAACAAAACUCAGAAAACACAACGAAAACACAACAGAAACACAAUGAAAACACAACAGAAACACAACGAAAACACGGGCUCCUGCGACUUUGCAUGACCUUUAGAGCUGUUUCUAAAGAAGCAACCAAACUGACCAUUUCCUUUUCAAAGCCUCCAGUACCAUCAGUUGAUGAAUUGCAGUGUCUCCUGACUGGAUUUGAGACAUCUGUCAUAGCCAUGUUGACAAUAUUUCGUUCUUUACCAAUGUCCCAAGGGAAAUAUCUUUAUAAGAAACUUCAAGAAUCUGUUCUGACUGUAGUGGACGACUGUCAAACUCUUGCUGCUUCAUUUAUCAAGGAAGGCUGUGCAAGUGUUGCCAGUGCAAAGACAAAAUCAACAGGAACUUUGUGGGAGCAUUGUGAUGGUUUCCAACACCUUCCAGCGGAUAACAAACAUGCAGUUUUACAAGUAUUCCAGGCUAGUUCAGAGUUGAUCAAAGAUGCUCUCACUGAGUUAAAUGAGGCUCAAAAAUGUAAUGGACGUCAAGAAGAUGAUUGUGAUGAAGAUGAUAAUGCAACAAACAAAGAUGGUUGGUCAAGUGAAGAUAAAUUAUUGGUUCCUCCUUGUAUAGGGCUUGUCAAGGCAUGUAGGUCUUGUGUAAAGAAAAUUUCCAGUGCCAUUCAGACUUCAGGUCAAGUAACAUCAGUAGAAAAUAUUCAGCAACUAGAUUCAAUGGCAGACGAAAUCCAGAGAACCAGUGCAAGUGUUGACGAUGUGGUCAUGAGCCUUUACUGUCCCAUGAAUCAUCAGAGUGUUUCUGAAUCAGCCUCCAAGCUGACUCACCAGUUAAAGGAGAUACUGAACAAAGCAAGGGAUUGUCACUUUACGCUGGAGUCAGACUCUUCUUGGCUCGACUUUCUAACCAAGGCGAUAGACCAUAAUAUGAACAAGAUUACAAGUGUUCUCCACGAACGAGAAGAGACCAACACCUGAUCCUCAAGAAUUUCCAGCACAAUGCAAUUAAGACAUGUAAACUAGCGAACACGGUUCAAAUAAGCGGAGAAGCUUAUGAAUACGUUGCCAGUCACAGCAUUAAGUUCAAGUCGCAACAAGAAUAGAUCGCAAGAACUUAAUUGACUGAGUUGAAUCUAUUGACUUGGCUUUCGUCGGGAAAACGCGAUGAAAACAAAUUGUUGAUUCAAUCUGCAUUUUGACGGCGCCUCACCCUGCUUUGUUCGGUAAUAGUUUAUUUUUUAUCCUCAAACAAUGAUAGAGCAAAUUUAAAGUGAGUGUCUUGUGUUUUGCAUUACUUUACUUUUUGAUUGGUCCAGAAAACUCGCCCACUCUCUCAACCAAUCAGAUUCAAGACUAAAACCAGUCGCAGGCUCGUUUACUCGCGUUUUCCCGCGCUUUAGCCAGUUUUCUUUUUUUUCUCUGAAUUCUUAUUGGCUCGUGAUAUUUUUCUUCCUGAUUGAUUGUUGUGAUAUCUUUGGUGAUGUAUUACGACACUCACUCGAAGUGUGCUUUAUUCCAAGCAGCUCACGCGAACACACAAUAAAUGGCAUCUAUAAUUUCCUUUCUACUGCAGUUUUAAAUCCGGCGCUCUAAAAGCAGCUAUGCAAAAGUAGUGCAAGUCAAUGAAACUUCCCUAUAAAAGCCUAAAAAGACACCUAAGAGGUAAGAGUUUAAAAAAAGGAACGAGACUGGUGGAGUAAUUAACACAGAUUGUAAAUAAAAGAAUAAAAAAUUUCGGCUGUGUUUUUGAAGAUAAACAA